AUGGAUGCGGGAGACGCGCCGCCACAUGAAGCCAUCGCACCCGUCGGGCCCUCGAUUAGCUACACGCUCGCAGUAGGGUUAGGACUGCCAAUGGGGCUCCUCGUUCUGGUGUUCCUCUGCGUGCGCAAGUGCCUCUUCUUCCUCACGUGGCGCAGCUUCCGCGACGGUCCGUACGUCGUGGGGCAGCACCAAUGGCGACCCGGGAACUUGACGGGGCCGAGAUGGUGCAACGUGUGCCAAGCUGUUGUCUACGGGAUCCGCAGCUAUGUGGUGACGUGCGACAUCUGCGGCAUGUAUGCACACGCACAGUGUGCAGCCAGUACAAUGCACGCCAAGAGCGCGGAGCUCGUGUCUGUUCCUCUUGCUGCUACCGCCGGUAGUUCGUCGCACUUGGUUGUGUCUCGUUCCUGUAGAGUCCCCGGUGUCGUGCUGCCAUCGAGAUCGACAGCUUUGGAUGGCAAAAAAGAUGCAGCUCGUUCGCCUGUUUCGACGCUGCAGUCACAGUCGGAUCCGUUGCAGCACAUGUGGAUCAAGGGGAACGUUGACCCGAUGGAUCUGUGUUCGCUGUGUGGUCUGUUCUGUGGCAGUAUCUUGGCGUUCUAUGGACUCAAGUGUGCGUGGUGUCAUGUGCGAGUGCACGAGGAGUGUUUUCAGCAAGCGCUGGCUCGUGCAAAUCGACCGCCGCUGCUGCGACGCUGUAACUUAAAUCAGCAUGCGAGCCUUAUUGUUCCCCCAUCGUGUGUCGUGCUACACGGACCUGUGUCGACUGUGAGCAAGUCCCAGCGAGUACUGAACUCGGUGUGCGGUGUUGCACAUACUGCAGUGACGAAGGUGUCUCGACUUCGACUUCGACGUGGAAUAGCUCACCACAGCGUGAUAGAGUCGCCAACUGCUCAAGCAAGUAAGCUACCAAACGAAGUUGCUACUGGGUGGAGAUGUACGUCAUUUGCAGCUGCUUCGAACGUGAUGUGUGGAUCGGACGGGUUACCGUUUGAGUUGGUUGAGACUCCCGAAGACACGACACCACUUUUGGUGUUUGUCAACAGUCGCAGUGGUGGCAAAUUGGGAUUGCAUGUACUUCGGCAGGCGCGAAAAUGGCUCAAUCCCGUCCAAGUGUACGAUUUAUCGCACCAGAGCCCCAUUGAGCCACUGCGUCGCUUUGUUGGACUGCCUCGGCUGCGCGUUUUGGUUUGUGGUGGAGACGGAACUGUGGGCUGGGUGCUUAGUGCCUUGGACGAGAUCGGAUCUGCACGGCAACCACCUAUCGCGAUUGUACCAUUAGGCACUGGCAAUGAUUUGGCUCGCGUCCUCGGUUGGGGCGCUGGUUUUUCAGCUCCAACCGAUGUGAGUGAUAUUCUCAGCGAAGUACAGGCAGCCCACAUCAGUCUUCUGGAUCGCUGGAAAGUAAGCGUAGGUGAUUUGGAAAAGUGUGUUGUGAUGAACAACUACAUGGGUGUCGGAGUGGACGCUCAAGUGGCGCUUGAGUUUCACGAACAACGUGAGCGCUCGCCGGAGCUCUUUAUGAGUCAGUUCGUGAACAAGUUGUGGUACAGCCAAUUUGGUGCAAAGAAUUUCCUGGUGCGUACGUGCGCUGGUUUGUCAGAUAAAGUCGUGCUUGUGUGCGAUGGAAAACGCAUUGCAUUGCCUGAUGGCACAGAGGGCAUCAUCUUCCUUAACAUUAAUAGUUACGGUGGUGGCUCGAAACUUUGGCACGAUGACGCGGAAUCCGAUGUUGAAUGCUCCGACUCGGAUAGCGAGACGAACGAUGACGACCAAAGCCGGACGAGUAGUGUUGGCGGUACUGACGCGAACACGCACUUUGGCUCUUCUUCUCCCCACGACAAUUUACUCGACAUUGUGGCAGUGUACGGCACGUUGCAUCUCGGUCAGAUGCAGGUGGGGCUGUCGAAGGCUGUACGCUUGUGCCAGGCAAAAGCUGUGAGCUUGACGCUGAAAGAAUCAUUGCCUGUGCAGAUUGAUGGCGAACCGUGGCAACAGGGUCGUACUACAAUGAAGAUCUCGUUCUUGCAGCAAGCGUUUAUGCUUAGCCGUACUGUGGAUGAACGAGAUGUGGUGACAAAGCAGGUCGGUGAAGUCUUGGACUGGGCUGAGCACACGCACGUUAUAACCUCUCGACAGCAUGACACGUUGCUAGUUGAGAUCGCUCGUCGUGUCGUGAAGACCGCUGCAUCUCGGCGACGAACAAGUUCGAGCUCUCGAGCUUUGCUGUCUCCAAUUGGCGAUGAGAUGCAGUUCGUUAGCAACUGCUAG